GAAUUUAGAAAUAAUUUCAACAUGGCGCCCGGUCGUUCAGAGUGUGUGUGUGUGAAAGUGCAGUGAAAUUAUGUUAUUAUCUAGAAUUUUUAGUGAUUAUUUUAGUGUUUAAGUGAAAAGUGUGUGCAUUAAUGCAGUGGUUUUCUUAUCAUGGCUUUGGAUUUACGCCUGCAUUCUCCUGCAGGCGCGGAACCUGUUGUUUAUACAUGGCCCCUCACUUCAGGUCAUGGCUCGGACAAACACGAUGGGGCCUUGGAGAUAGUAGAAACUAUAAGAUGGGUGUGCGACGAUUUGCCGGAGAUGAAAGCGGCUCUGGAAAACAACAUCUUGUGCGACUACGACACCCACUCGUACGACAGCAUGAGAGCCCUGUGCGACCGUUUCAACCGCGCCAUAGACUCCGUCGUCGCUCUGGAAAAAGGCACAUCGUUACCAGCUCAACGGUUGAACAAGUAUCCGUCAAGGGGUUUGCUGAAACACAUAUUGCAGCAAACAUACAACCAAGCAGUGUCUGACCCGGAUAAACUCAACCAAUAUGAACCCUUCUCACCUGAGGUAUACGGCGAAACAUCGUACGAGCUGGUGUGUCAGAUGAUAGAUCAAAUAGAUAUAACAGCCGACGAUGUGUUCGUGGACUUGGGUUCGGGCGUGGGACAGGUGGUCCUACAAAUGGCGGCUGCAACACCUUGCCGUGUCUGCCUCGGAGUCGAAAAGGCGGAAGUUCCUAGCAAAUAUGCUGAGAGUAUGGAUGGUCACUUUAGAAUGUGGAUGAGGUGGUAUGGCAAAAAGUUUGGAGAAUACAAAUUAAUAAAGGGUGAUUUUCUUCUGGAUGAACACAGAGAAAAAAUAAAUUCGGCGACGAUCGUUUUCGUGAAUAACUUUGCGUUCGGCCCGCAUGUAGAUCAUCAGUUAAAAGAAAGAUUUGCUGAUUUGAAAGAUGGUGCUAAAAUCGUAUCAUCGAAGAGUUUUUGUCCUCUAAACUUCAGGAUAACGGACAGAAAUCUCAGUGACAUCGGAACCAUCAUGCACGUGAGCGAGAUGUCUCCACUAAAAGGAUCAGUCUCGUGGACGGGGAAACCAGUCUCUUACUAUUUACACAUUAUAGAUAGGACCAAAUUGGAGAGAUAUUUUCAAAGACUGAAAAAUCCGAAACUCAAGGUCAGCAAAAGGGGAACGCACAACGGCUGCGACGAGGGCGAGACCAGCGGCAAGCGACAUCUCAGCGCGCCGCCCACGCGACAACCCACGCCCGACCUGCUCAACGGGAACAGCAACCACAGCACCGCCUCGCUGCCCGAGCGACGCCGCAAGGUCGCGCGCCCGCGCCCCGCCAGGGGUGAGAACGGCCGGACCCGAGCGAGAGCAGCGGUGGCCAAGCGGCGCGUGGUGCGGCGCUCCAGUGACGACAGCGACGAGGAGUCCAGCGGCACCGACGACGCGCCGCCCGGACCCGAGCCCGCGCCGCGCGAGUGGGGGGCACCAUGGGCCUCCUCAUCCGACUCCAACCGCAGCCGGCGGCCGGCCAGCAAGCGCAGCGCGAGCGCGGGCGGCGCGCGGCGGCGGGCGGCGCGAGCCAAGCGGCGCCGCGCCGCGCCCGCCGCCAUCGCCGGCCUCGACCUGCUGCACUCCACCACGCUGGCCUCCACGCUACAUAACGGCGCCGUGACGGCGCCCCCGCCGGGCUGCGUGGAGCAGCGCCUGUCUGCGCUGGGCGUGUCGCUGCAGCCGAUGUCGCGCGUGCACUCGGAGCUGGACAUCCCGCGCGCGCCGGCCGCGCCCUACAGCCUGCAGCUGCUGCUGGACAUGUUCCGCGACCAGUACCUCGCCUUCAUCGCGCGCAUGAACACGCCCGAGUACGCGCACGAGAUACGACAACAGAUCGAAAAGGAAAAGGAGAGGAACCAGAAACUGAAGUCGCGUGCGUCUCAGUUAGAUAAACAGAUCAACGUGCUCAUAAGCGACAGUGUUGCUCUGUUAAAGGCGCGCAUGAGUGAGCUGGGCAUACACGCCAAUAACACUGUGGAUCUCUUGGCCAAAGCCAAGGAAAUUGUGGGGAGACACAAAGAGCUGCAGAGCAAAGCUAGCAAAUUGCAAGCACAGGUGAAUAAUAUAGAAAAUGACCAGGCCGUGCUAAUUAAAAAAAGGACAUUUGAGAUAACGGAAAAGUAUCGUCAGUUGGGUCACAUACCUCCUGACGUCGAAAUCACGCAAAGUAUAGCACACGACUGCAUACUGAAAGAAAUAUCUGCAACACUAGCGCAUCGGAAAAGAUUACAUGCACAAGUAGGACACUUGCAGAAUGAAAUUGUUCAAAUGGAAAGAUCAAACGAGCAAAAAGUGGCACCGCCAACUGUACCAGUAGCUACUGUAAAACCUCAUACAGUUAAUUCAAAACCCAGAAAGUCCAGAGAGCAUAGAUCACGUUCUCAGGAGUGGCCAGAUGUUCCAGAUGUUGGAAAAAUUGAGGAACAGAAUCCAGAAAUCCUUGCUCAGAAAAUAUUAGAAACUGGGCGGCAGAUCGAAGCUGGUAAAAUCUCGAAACCAAAUGUGGCAGUGAACGGGUAUCCAAGAGAAUCAGAGAGACAUGUCGAACAUCAUAGACAUCCAAAGACAGGUGCACCGAUACACCGGACGCAACCUCAACGGCCGGGCCAGCCACCGCCCAACCUCGCUCACAGACAGUCACCGGUCAAGCCGCAGAAACCCCUCAAUGUCGUCGGUAAGGUGCAGGAAUCGCCAAAGGUGAUAAAUUUUGAAGACAGGCUCAAAAGUAUAAUUACGUCGGUGCUGAACGAGGACCAGGAGCAGCGGAAAGCGUCCCGGCCUUCGCAGAGCCACGCCUACACCAACGGCUACGUGCGAGGGGGCGGCCCGCACGGCUCGCACAGCUCUCACGGGUCACAUGGGUCGCAUGGCUCGCACGGAUCCCACGGGUCGCACGGGUCCCACGGCUCUCAUGGCUCACACGGGUCCCACGGGUCGCACGGGGCGCAGUACCGCGGCGGCGGGCUGCCGCGCGCGGGGCGCGAGCUGCGGCGCGAGCGCUACCCGUACGAGCGGCUGAGCGCGCUCGAGGCGGCGCCCGACUACACUCAGGUGUCGCCGGCCAAGCUGGCGCUGCGCCGCCACCUGUCGCAGGAGCGCCUGGCCGCGCCCGGCGCGCGCACCAUCGGGGACCUCGUCAACGGGGAGAUCGAGCGCACGCUGGAGAUCUCCAACCAGAGCAUCAUCAACGCCGCCGUCAACAUGAGCGCGCGCUACCACGAGCCCGCCGCUGCCAAUCAGCCGCUCGAAGGGUUAGCAGCUUGCUUACAAGCUCGCGUGUUGGCAUCUGAUUACUGGCGCGGGCGCAACGGAUCAGGAGCCGCUGGCGCCGGGCCUCCGCCUGGGGCAGACGAGGCGCGGCGCCGCACGCCGCAGCCCGACCCGCACUCCAACACGUCCACCCCGCUGGUGGACGAGCUGCCCGACGGCGCGCGCCUGCCAGGUAACGCGAGCGCCGCCUGCGCCCCGCCCGCGCCUGCGCCGUCGCAACCUCUCACCACCCGCUCCGUUACAGAGGGCGAAGGCGGCGAAGAGGUGGACGAGAGCAAGUGGCAAGACCGGAUAGCUUUCCGGUUCGACCAGAUCAUAUCGUUCGCGUCGACGGCCAUGGAGGACAAGCGGCGGCGCUCGGACGAGGCGUGCAACACGUCGCCCGACUCGGGCAUCGGCCACGGCGAGGCGGGCGCGGCGGCGGCCGCGGCGCCGGCGGCGCACUUCAAGAAGCGCUUCUUCCGGCGCGAGCGCUGGGGCGCGUGGGGCGGCGCGGCGCCGGCGCUGGACUGGGAGCGCCCGCCCAUGUGACGCCGCAAGCCCUAGCGGCCGGCCAAGGGACGCCGCAAGCCGUAGCGGCCCCACGUCACGGCCGGCCUAGCGCCCGCGGCCCGCACUAGCGCAAUUAUGUAACUAGCACUGCCGACAGGGACGCGAGGACGCGAGGACGCUCGUUAGAUUGUAUUCUAUGUAAAUAGGGUCGCUCCCGCCCCGCUCGACUCCCCCUCGGAUGUUGACUGUCGAUUUUUGUUAUUUUUUUCGAAUAUAUAAUGUAAUUAUGUAUAUUAUUGAGUUUAUUUUACGUUUAAGAUGUGUAAUUAUUUAAUGGUAGUUUUAUGUCGCCGUUUCGUUCGGCGACGUCGAGACGUUUGCGCCGUGGCGGAUUGUAUUUCAUGUGUUCAUUUAGGUAUUAGAGUUUGAAAUACAUGAUUCGGUGAAUUUGCAGCGGAUCAUUCUUGCGCCGGUCGUUUGGUGAAUGUUUGUUGUUUUAUGUGUUUUGUUUGUCGAUGUUACGGAAGCUCUUGUCUGAAUAAUGUUAAUCAUGUCUUUGGGAAAUCUUAAAUUUUAGUGUACUUACUUAUGUCGAGUUUGUAUAGAAUAAAUCAUUAUGAAUUUUCUUACGUAUCGAAUCGGAAAAGUAUCGCAUUAGGAACUCUUUAGUGAAUUAUAGCGCAAUUACUGUCAUUGUAAAACGUAUCGAGGUAUCUCAUAAUGUCAUGUUCGAAGCAAUGAGGUCGUCAAUCGUCCUGUGAUACACAAAGCACCAUUAUUGUUAUCUUUUCAAUAUGACUACAAUAACUUAACUAAUUUGUAUAUUUAGAGACAGUGUUGUUUUGAAGAUGACCACAUUAGGUAGUUGGUUAGAUUGUAAAAAGUCGAUUUAUAAAGUCAGUAACUAAACUGUAUAGUGUACUAAAAAGCUUAAAUAAUAGUAAAAUCCGACAUGACUUAUGUUAAAGUUUCCCUUGAGAAACAUCAUGGUGCAGAUAAACGGUAGAUAUUGCAUAGUGUAAAUUGACAUGCUAUUUUUAUACGGGAUUAUUUUAGAUAAUAUUAUGCCCCAUUUCCAAGUCAAAUGUAUGACAGUUGCAGUAAAGUGUGUAUGUGUGCUUCUCCGUAUUAGCAGUAAGGGAGUAUACGUGCACAUAUUGUUCGUGUCUCAUUUCUGUAAAUUGGUACUUAAGAGCAGUAAGCCAUUUUAGAUUUGUUCCAAUGUUGUUAUAAUUUUCUGACUCUUUAUGAUACUCUGCAAUUUUGCUUCUAUACGCAAAAUUAAAUUCAUAACGCAAACAUUUUGUACUUUUAUAAAUAAUGUGUAAUUUCUGAAGUCUCUGUGGUAGAAAUAAGAGAAGGAUCAACAUUUUGACCCAAAUGUUUUUUAAUAGUUGAAGAAUCGGAAUCAUUAAUUUACAAUACAAUAAUCAAUGAUUAUAAAUUGUAAUACUCAACUGGACGAGAAUUAAAAUUCGAUAAAUGCCUGAUUUUGAAAUGUUUAAUAUUUAUUUAUUUAUGAACAGAGCUAAACGCAAAGAGUACCUCGUUGUACAUACAAAUCAAUUGGGCAUGUGCGUUUACGUUCACUUCGACUAAAUAUAUUCACAUAAUAAUGUACCUAGUUGUAUUUCUUUAUACACAUUGUAGCUGUAAUCAUAGGACCAAAGAGUUUCUGGCGACGUGCCUAAAUGUAUCAAUAUUGUAAAUGCCCCCAAUAAUCCAUAUUAAAUAUGUACAUUAGUAGUAUUUUGCUGAUUUCAAUCUGUUUUGGGCUGUAUCAAGUAUAUGGUGAUUAGAACCGAUAACUGAUUAGUCACAUUCACUGCUCUACUAUUGACCAGUCAAUUGCAAUUUUCUAUUUUACAUUACUAAAUGUAUCGUAAGGAGUGAUUCGUAUUUGUAGGAAGAAGGAGGCGGCUAGCAACAGUUCCUAUGGCACUGAGCCACAUCAGUGCCUAAACAUACCUUGAGAGACCCUACUUCAUUGUCCAUGUAUCUUUUCUUUGGGGCUGUAUCUUUAGUAUUCCAACACAUAUCUGCGUUCCUUUGGUGGUUUAUCUUAAAGUUACAAACAGCGGUUUUGGUGACGAAUCACGAGUAACUUAGGAAUAAACUUUUUUUCGCUCAUGACGAUUAUCCGCCUCUUAGGAAUAAGAUUUAACAAAAAUAAGCAAUUUGUUAUUUAAUGGGGUUUCUGAAGUCAUUGUUGAUAUUCGAAAAUAGUGAAUACGGUUUUAUACUUUCAAUCGAUAAAGCAAUUUACAAAAUAUUUGUGUAAGUAACUCGAAACUGUAUAAAUGUGAUCGUGUAUUAAGCGUAUAAGAACCGACUUGUUUCCUAAUUAGCUCGGAAGGCGCAGCUAUUGUAACAGAUAAUGAAAGACCAAUUUUAUGUUUGAUAAUUUUGUCGACAAAGAAUGAACGAACGAUUGGAAUUAAUCCAUGUAUUAAACUGAAAAUAAGCCAAGAUUUUACCAUCCAAUGGAUUGGUUGUAAUGUCAUUCUUACGAUAUAUUGUAAAUACCUUAAAUACAGGGUCUAAAUUGGAAGCGGUGGACUUCAGUCAUAUCUGUUAUAAUAGCUACACUGAAGGGGCAAUGCAGCCUUAUAUUUUAAAAUGUAGUCAUACGAUUAGAAGUCAGGACGCGCUUAACGUAUUAAUAUCGGAAAGCUUAGAAAUUAUAUUCGUUUCAGAAUAAUUAAUAGGUAGCUAGAUCGUAUUUGUAACGAUUUAUCAUAAGACUUGUUGGUUAAAUAAUGUGCACUGACGUAAGCAGAUUUAAAUUAUAAGAAUGUAUCCACAUUAAUUCAGGGCUCACUAAUACAUUAACUCUAAAACACAUAGAAUUUUGGAACAACGCGUUCCUUUGGGAUUAUCAAACAUAUUAGUUUUAUUAUUUAAUAUUACGGCUACGGCCACUAAGAGAGACGUCAAUGAAGUCGGUUCUAUUUUUUUAAGUUAUUUUUGUACAGUAUGUUUACUUACUGUACACAGUGUAAUGUUUUUUAUUAGGUAAGAUUUUGAAGAAAAAAAAAGAACACGAGAAUUGUACGAUUGUAAUAGGUAAUAAUUACUGCAGCAGUUUUAAUCACUUGAGAUCGAUGAAUAUUACAUUCUGUAAAUGCGAAAUUUCAGACAUGUUUAUAAUACAUAUACGACUCUGAAACGGAAAUAUCUAAAUUCUAAACCACGAUUACAUUGUAUGAUACUUAAUGGUUAGUAAGAGUGUUUAGUACCUAGUGUCGUUUCAUGUAUUUUAAACAUUGGGGUGCACUGGUUUGAUUGUGCCUGAAAACUCAUCAAUGCCGCUCCAAACCUCAAAAUUAUGUAUUUGUAUAUUGAUAAGUAAGCUUAAAAAUCUAAUCUGAUGUAGGUACCAAUAGUAAUAUAGUGUAAUGUCGGCAAUAAAACAUCUAUUUUGGUCGGAUUAACUCGAAGAGUGAUUACAUUAUUCAGUUAUGAUUAAUUUUAUUUUUUGAUGGGGAAAUAAUGAGCUAAUCUGUGUGACGUUAUAGUGUCUAAAAUAGUACAAAUGAGAAGACUUAUCGUCGUAAGCCUCGGACUAUUCAACAUGCAAAUGCUAGGUUUGAGAUGUAUCCCUGUGUACUAGUUUUAUUUUGUACUAAAAGUUAAAAAUAAACGAAUAAUUAUAA